AUGUGGUGGUGGCCAGUGUGUAAAAAUCAGCCAGUGUUUGGAGAAGCAGCUGCUUUGGAGGUGCUCUUGGGCCAAGGGCUGUCCAUGGAACCAGCUGUAUAUGACACUUUGAGCCUGACUUGUUUGGUUGGUGCAGCAGGCUCCUUCCUUGCUUGCAGGGAGGAGGGUGCAGUGGUAAUGGUUGUGGCCAGGAGCACCUACAACUUUUUGGCUUGGAGGGCAUCAGUGGUUGGGGAAGCUGAUAGUGGCAGACUCCAGCUGGAGCCGAACCAGGAACAUGGCUCACUUUGCUGGUAUGCAGUGGGUGAUUGGGUUCCUGGCUGUCAAUCCCAACCAACCCAGUCCUCCAAAACAGAUUUGGACCCAUCAUUUUUCAGCAGACUGCUGAAGCCCAGGAGUUACCCCUUGCCAGGAUCACUGAGGGUUUGUCACUCACCAUCAACCAGUGCCUAA